GUAGGCAUCACCACGCACGCAAAGAAACACCACAAAAUUUGUGUUUGCUGACGUUUAUUGUUUAUUUAUUGUUUUCAUUUAAAAUAGCUGUUUGCAAGAUUAUUUGUUGUAAUGAAAUUAAUGGAAAUCAACGGAUAAUCGAAAAUACAUAAUGCUGGUUUACAGUUGUCUUCCUUUUGCUGUUUUCAAUGUGAUCCUUCUUCGUGUUUGACAAGUGAACGACAGGAAUAAAAAAAUUGUUAAUUAACCAAAUGUUUUUGAGAAAAGAAAAUAGCUGCCGAGAACCCAAGUGAAAGAAAGAGAAAAGUGAAAGUUUUGCAUAUUUAUGUUUCCACCCAUUGAAGGUCUCUCCGCUAGUUCAAUGUGAAGUUCAUUGGGUCAUUGAAUAUUUUCAAACGCUGCUAAACAAGGGCUUUUAACACCUUUUGUCUUGCUAUUUUUAACGACCGGCUUGUCAUCCUUGAAACCUAUUGGAGAAAAAAUGUUGGCCAAUUCCGGUUAUGUUAUGACGCUAGCCAAUAGCAUUAUUGGUGUGGGUAUUCUGGCUAUGCCGUUUUGUUUUCAAAAGUGCGGUAUAAUUUUAUCAAUAGUUUUGCUUGUGGCCAGCAACUGGGUAACACGAAUCUGUUGCCAUUAUCUUAUAAAAACGUCAUUACUAACACGAAGAAAAAGUUUCGAGCUCUUAGGUUUUCAUGCGUUUGGUACAUCUGGCAAAUUGUUGGUGGAACUAUGUAUCAUUGGUUAUCUAUUGGGUACGUGCAUUACAUAUUUUGUGGUAGUAGGUGAUUUGGGGCCACAGAUUGUUAAGAAAAUGUUGUCAUUGGAACAUGACUAUCAUCAUUUGCGCACUCUGCUAAUGUGCGGUGUUACCCUGGUGUGUAUCAUACCAUUGGGUAUGCUGAAAAAUGUCAGCAGUUUGUCAACCGUGUGCACAGCAUCGAUUGGUUUCUAUGUCUGUUUGGUUAUCAAAAUCAUUUUGGAAUCAGAGACUCACAUUAAGGCUAAUGAUUGGACCGACAAGGUUGUGUAUUGGCAACCCAGUGGGGUCUUGCAAUGUCUACCCAUUUUCAGUAUGGCUUUAUCGUGUCAGAUGCAACUUUUCGAAGUAUUCACCACCAUUAAUAAUCAAAGUUUGGAAAAACUAAAUAGUAUUGUUCGCAAUGCCACAUGGAUAUGCACCUUUGUCUACAUAGCUGUGGGAUUCUUUGGCUAUGUUGCCUUUUGCACCCAAAAGUUUUCGGGCAACAUCUUAAUGAACUUAUCACCUUCCUUUGGCAGUGAUGUUAUCAAAAUUGGUUUUGUUUUGUCAGUGGCCUUCAGUUUCCCCUUGGUUAUAUUUCCCUGUCGAGCUAGUCUGUACUCUCUAUUGUAUAAAAAGGGACAAAUGGAUGUCUCGGCGUAUAUACCGGAAACCCGCUUCAAAGCCAUCACUCUCUUUAUAGUGAUAUUCUCCCUGGGCGUAGCUUUAACAAUACCAUCCGUGGAAUUAAUUAUUGGCUUGGUUGGCUCGACAAUAGGUGUUGCUAUUUGUGUAAUGUUUCCAGCAGCUUGUUUCAGAUCCAUCAUACGCAAGAAUAGUAUGGAACGUAGCCUGGCUCAGUUAAUUAUCAUUGGUGGUUUUUGUCUUAUGAUUUUGGGUACAUAUGCCAAUCUGUCUGCAAUUGAUGAGAAGAGUUCUGGGGCUCAUUUAGAUGUGCCCAAAAUUGAUGAAAAAAUAUUAAAGCCCUCGGAGGGCCCACAUGAUUUCUUGGAUGAAAAAAUUAAAAAUAUUGAAAAAGCAAUGGAAGAGAAAUAUGCCAAAGUGGAGGAGGCAAGUAAAAAUCAAGAAUUGAAAAAGAAUCUGGAACAGCCUCUGCUUAAGGCGAAUAAUACACAAAUAACAGCAAAAUUGCAAAAACCAUCGCCGCCACCACCAUUGCCUGUUGAUGAAAUACACCCACAACAUGAGGAGGUGAAUGCAAAAGAAAAGAAAUCUGAGGAAAUCAAACCGCCCUUAGUGUUGGAGAAUAAGAAGGAAGGUAAUGAGCCACCGGCAGCUAAGGAAGAAAUAAAAAUCGUGGAAAAAGAAGUCAAUUUAAAACUCAAUUUCGAAAAUAAAAUUGCGGAAACUAAACCCGAAAUUGCAAAGAAAUCAGAAGAUGGAAAAACAACGGCCAGCGCUGCUGCCCUGCCCCAACAAACUAUUGAUCACGAUGCCAUACGUAAAGAUGAAGAAAUAGCUAAAGAAGAAAUGAAAAUUGAAAAGAAACAGGAAAAUGAGGAACUUAAGAAAACCAAGGAAGAACUAGAGAAGACGAAAGAUUUACUCGAAAAGAAGGUGGAAGAACUCAAGGAAGAGCUUGUGAAGCAAAAUCAGGAAACUCAAAAUUUAGUUGUAGAAAAACUAGGUGAAGUUGUAGAAAAAUUCGAAGAAAUUGAACGUAAAGUACAAAAUCAAAAAGUGGAUGAUUCGCCCAAUCAAGUUGCCAAAGAAGAAAAGCAGGAGAAUAAACCUCAAGAAGACUUGAACCACGCAAAUAAUACCGAUAGUCAAAUAAAACCCAGUAAAGGAUCACUGAUUUCCAUAUUGACUGAAAAUAGAAAUUUAAGUAACGAUCAUCUCAACAAUACAAAACAAGAAUCUGCUGUCUAUGAACCCUUGUCAUAUAAAACAGGUGAAUUAAUUGAGCAUGCCCGUAAUGGUAGCAAUUUGGAGAAACGUUUACCUCUACCAUUAGCUCUGCUAAUCAAUGCAUCACAGGCGAAAAUAAAUGAUACUAAUGUAAAUAUUAAACUGCUAAAUCAAACUUUAAGUUUGUCCAAUAAAACCAUGGAAACGGAUAAAAUCAAUAUCGAUUCAAUUAGAAGAGAAAUUUUACAAUUACAUGAAACCGCCGACAUCACAAAUCCCACCAAACAAACUUUACCAUUAGACAAUAAAGAAAAUACACAUCGCAUCAAAAGAUCUAAUUUAAUGACGCAGGACAAUUGCCUGCCAGAACCAAAUAUUGGACAAUUAAUGGCAGCAGCAUCUAGUUUAAGUAACGGCGGUGGCGAUUUGGAAAUGAAAAUUGGCCGAGAUUUAAAAUCAAUUAAUACCGAGGAUUAAGUAGAUUUCUUUUGAAAUUCGGUCUACAUAAAAACAAUUUCUUGGCAUUUAGUAGAUUAAUUUUAAUUCAAUAGAGAAAAAUCCUUACAUUUUAGGAAUCGAAUGAUAUGAACACUAAUUGUACCUUUUUUAGUAUUGUUGUAAGAUGUAAUCUUAAGAGGACAUACCACAACUUAUGACGUUUAUAUUUAUUUAUUUGUAAAUAAAUAACUAUUUGUAUAUUUAGAAACAAUAAUUAAAAAAUUAAAAUUAAAUUCCAAGAGGAAAUAAUAAAUUGUAAUUGUAAAUAGAGAA